GCUCUUGCCCAGCUUCGCCAUAGCCUCUUUCACUUCCACCGCGGUUCCUACCGCGAAGAGGCAGAUCUGGACUCAUCAUCCCCAACCCGCUCCCAUCCCGAGCACGCCUCCGACGACGACCCAUCGCUCCAUCGGUUGCCCCCCGUACCUUCCAGCAGGCUCGUCUCCGCACAAGGUCACCCGGCACCUACGCCAUCUUUAGAUCCCGCGUCCAGGACAGCGGCUGCCUCUGCGAAUAUAGAAUCUUCCGCGGCUCCCGUCUAUCCAAACAUCAUCAAUACCCCAGCCCAAGUUCUUGGGCGACGACGGCGAUCCCCGUCCGACAGUCGGUCUGCUGCCUCGGGGUACCUCGACAUUCGCUCGCUCAUCGACCCUCCGUCCGAAAGCGAGGUUGAACAGCCUCACCCGAAACGCCAAAGGGGAGAGCACACGACCAUGUUGAGCGACGGCGAUGGUGCACUCCCCUCAAAUGGCGGCCUUGUUACUCGCCCCAACGGUGCCGCUGGCCCCAGCGCACAGCACACAUCUCAGAUCAGUGCGCCUAAUGGGCACAACAAAGCAGGGCUGGGCAUGAAUGGGUCGUCAAAUGGGGAAAGGCGUUCUUCAACCUACUUUGGCCACAAUCGCGAGGAGGUCACAAGACUUCUCAUCCAGGCUUUAUCAGAUUUAGGUUACCAAGAGGCAGCCGGCAGUGUGUCUCGGGAUAGUGGCUACGUACUGGAAAGCCCGACCGUUGCGUCCUUUAGGUCAGCAGUACUCAGCGGCUCCUGGGCCCAAGCCGAGCAGCUGUUGCUUGGGGCCUCGGAUUCGGAGACCAGUAGCCGUCAAGGGAAUGGAUUGGUCUUAUCAUCGGGCUCAGACCGGACCACGAUGCGCUGCUCGCUUAGACAGCAGAAAUUCUUGGAGCUGUUGGAACAGCGAAAUACCACGAAGGCACUCAGCGUGCUCCGCGAGGAGUUGACCCCAUUAUACAAUGACACAACUAAACUACACUUUCUGUCUAGUUUGUUGAUGUGUCACUCCUUUUCCGAACUGAAAGCUAAGACCAAGUGGGAUGGAGCUCAUGGGGAGUCUCGCAAAAUAUUGCUAUCACAACUUUCGAAAUGCAUCUCACCGUCAGUCAUGCUGCCGGAGAACCGCCUUGCUACGCUUCUUCAACAAGUCAAGCAGUCGCAGAUUAAUUCCUGUUUAUAUCACACGGAACCGUUAUCUCCCUCACUGUACUCUGACCACUCUUGUCGUCGAGAAAAUUUCCCAACUGAGUGCGCCGUUGAGCUAGGCAAUUUGGAUGGCGAAGUAUGGCAAGUGAAAUUCUCGCCCGAUGGAUCAAUGCUGGCAGCAUGCGGGAGCGCUCGGGAUGUUUUCGUUUGGGGUAAGAACUUCAACGUAUUCUCGGUCCUAGGGCAUCAUGGAGGUGGGGUUGGGAACGUCUCAUGGAGUCCUGAUAGCUCCAUGAUCGUUACAUGUUCACAGGACAAACAAUCCAGGUUAUGGGACUUGCAACAUCCCGAACCCCUCCGAAAGUCUCAAAGGUAUGGUGAGCCGGCCAUUGGUUGUGUUUGGAUAAACGACGGACGGUCAUACGUGAUCGGGACGCUCGAUAUCAACCGCAGCCUUACAACUUAUAACGUCCACAACGAUGAAUACAUCGAAUGGAACAAGAAGCACCGUGUUCAAGAUCUCUGUGGAUCCCCGGACGGCCGUUGGCUCGUCGCGGUAGAUGACAACGAGACGGUUCAUCUCUACAACGCCAUCACCCGCGAGUUGAUCGACAGUAUCAAACUCGAAAGUCGCCCAACAUCCAUCUGCAUAAGCCAGGACUCGCAGCAUUUACUCGUCAAUAGAGUGGAUGGGGAGGCACAGCUGAUCAACCUCACGACCAGGCAGCCAGUCCAAAAGUUCCUCGGUCAUACCGGGGGAAAGUACAUGAUCCGCAGCUCCCUAGGUGGUGCUAACGAGAGCUUUGUCGUCAGCGGGAGUGAGGAUGGCAACAUCCUCAUUUGGCAUAAAGUAACUGGCGGUGUGGUUGAGCGGUUACAGGCCCACCGUCCUCGAUGUAAUGCUGUGGACUGGAAACCAGACGAUCCUGCAAUGUUGGCAUCAUGUGGUGACGAUGGCAAAGUCAGAAUAUGGACAAGCAAAGCACGUGCAAGACCUGUGCGGGAAGAUGAUGGAUAUUAUUUUGUAAACCAGGAGUCCUAG